UCUCUGGACAGGUUUUGGGAAGACAGCACUAAGGAAAGUUUGUCCCGGUCACUGUUUUCAUGUUGGUCCUUGUUUGUUUUUAAUGUUUGGGGUUUAUAAUGGUUUGCCUGAGCGUGUUGGGUUUUGUUGUGCUGGUGUUGGGGAGCGUCUCUCUGAGUCUGCAGUACACCGCGCAUAGACACAGAAACAAAAACUGGUGUGCAUUCAUCGUGCACAAGAAUGUGAGCUGCUCGGUGCGUGCAGACAAUCCAGCUGUGUUCGAAGCCGAAGCUGCGCCCUGCGCGCCACACCAACUCGACUGUGACCCAUCAAUGACGUAUCGGACCCAUUUACGACCCACUUACAAGAUAUCUUAUAAGACUGUUACUGAGCUGGAAUGGAGGUGCUGCCCAGGGUACCAGGGUCCAGACUGCAAAGAACUUAAAGGCACUCCAAAUCGACAUAUAAUACCUGAAAACCAGCCACAUCCUCAGCUCCAUCCUGAAUACCCUCGAAAUACCCAGAGGCCAGAGCGAAGAGAGACAGCUCAAUACAACAGAUACCAUGGGGUUGAAAAGACUCGUCACUUGGAGGAAGAAGUGCAGCGUCUCUCGCAAACAGUGCUGGACCUUCAGGCAGCCAUGGGUAGUAUGUCUGCCAACCUGCGUACUGAUUUACAGGAGGACGCCAGCAAAAUGCUUGUCACUCUUCUUAACAACAUGCAUUCACCAGACAAUGCAAGAACAGGUGGCACAGAAGAAAGUGCAGUGCUUCUGGAUGGGCACCAAACAACAAGGGGGCUCUCCCAAGAAGACAGGGGCAUGGAACACGUGCUGGCCAGGCUUAAUGAUAUGGCCGAUGCUCUGAAGAGCAAGGAUGAGGCUAUUGAGGAGCUACGAAACACUUUGACAGCACAUGUUGGUCAGAUCCAAAUGCUUAUGGAAGCGUCACAGGGACCAGCUGUUACUGUUGAUUCCUCCUCAGACAUUGGUAUACUCCAGGACUACAUCGACACUAAGUUUGAGAAACUAAAAAAUGAUCUGCUUGUGGACAUGAAGGACAAUAUCGCCAAGCUAAAAAGUACAUGCGAUGACAGGAUUCUGUCUCUUCAGAAGACAUGCAGAGAGAGCCAGGAAAGACAUUACGACAACCUGACAAAAAUAUUGGACAGAAAGGAGGCCGACCUCAGAAAGGAGUUCCAUGAGUUACUCCUGGAUAUGGCCAUGUCUGAUGGGUUGGUGCGCACGCACAGGCAAACAGCUCAGUUAAAAGAUGAUGACAGCGAUGUACGACAGGCAAUUCAGCGCGUGGCAGAAGCUCAUCAAGUCUUAAAUGCCCGUUUUGACAAUGAACUGAAGCACUUGUCCACACUUCAGCCGGAGGAUCUGUUUAGCCUGCGCUUGGCUGAGCUGGAGGACCGAAUGAAUGUGACUGAGAAGAAUGCAGAGACAUAUUGCUUUUAUGUCGAAGAGAAGCUAACCAAAGAACUAGCAGAUGAGAUUGCAAAGAUUCGGCAGCUUUUAAAUGAGAAACUGGGUUCUGUGAAAGACCAGUUUACAGCCAUUCUGGUUGACAUGAGCAACAACUCCUUCCCAGGAAUGUUCAGUGAGUCUGUUAAUGCAUUGCAAACUCAGGUUAAUAAUAACAAGUAUAUUAUUCAGGGGCUGGAGGACAAAUUUAAUUCUAUCGGGAAGAUCUGCUCCACUGAUUGCAAGUCCGGUCUGUCCAUUGAUCCUCAAAAACUAGUGGGUCAGGAAAGUAUUGCCAAGGAUGUAAAAAAAAUUAUGAAGGACCUGGAUGUCUUGAACACUAAUGUUGAAGACAAUGCAGCCAAAAUUAUUACAUUAGAAGACAUGGUUGAUCAUGUGGAACUUGUGAAACAGCAGAACAGUGAUGGCAUUCAAGACAUUCAUAAAAAGCUAAAGCCUUUGGCGGAUAAUAUGAGUGGCCUGACCGGAGCUGUGACAGGGUUGGGAGAUGCAGUGAGCAAGUUUAGCCAAGAUCUUCAGACCCUGAACUCUAGUUGUUGCCUGGCAGGGCAAGUAGGAUGGGUUCACAGACCAUCAGUGCUACCUCCUCUGUCCAGUCGAGAGAGCAAGCCAAGUCCGACUCAGGUGGAAGAGCUCAGAGACAGACUAGAUAAACUGAGCACCCAGUUGACCACAGAGCUAAGCCUUUGUAAGAAGAAUGCAGCAGGGGUAGCUGAAGGUGUCUCUGCAGUAGACAAUAGGGUGGCUACACUGGAAGGGCUGUGUGGAAAGCUGGAUGAUCAAACAAAUCAAAUUCAGAACAUUAAAAAGGGUCUGGAGAGAGACUUGGCACAUAUGAACUCUACUCUGCAGUCACAGGCCGGGGAGAUCCGCAACCUCAAAAACAACAUACUGAAAUUUCAGAUGGAAAACCUUAAGGAGCACACAACAAAACAGCAAGGAGUGUCCUCAGGCCAGGAGAAUUUACAAGAUUCAAGGAUUUUAAUCCCACCAAGAAUGUAUAUACCACAUAUCCGAAUCCCUCUGAUAAUUCCCCAGAGGACGGUUCCCGAUAUAUCCCGAAAUCCAGUUCACCAGCCCCCUGCUGUACCCUUAAUCCCACGUCAGCCCUAUGGUCCAGUGCAGCCGUCAACUCCGCAUUUACAGCCAAACCAGCAUGUCCUUGUGACUGGAGAAGCCGGACCACCUGGAUACGCACGCCAUGUCCCCAUUCGAAGAGAGCGCGGAUCUAUUUACUCUGGGAAACCUGUAAAUGGAUUUGCAGGUGGUCCAGGUUAUCCUCAGGUCAAUCCGGUUUCAUAUAAACCCCAACAAAGGGCAGUUUCCCAACUGAAAUGGAAUCCUGCACAAAGACUUGUAGCAACUCCAGUAGCAUCAGAAAGACAUUUGUAUGAAGAGCCCUUCUCCUUCUCAGCUGGUCUCACACAGCAGGCAUUGUUAGGUGACUUUGGUAUCAUCCGCUUCAAUAAGGUUCUGGUUAACGAUGGAGGACACUACAAUCCUGAAACAGGAAUCUUCACAGUGCCCGUGAGCGGACGUUAUAUGGUAUCGGCUGUGCUCGUAGCUCCUCGGCGUGAGCGGGUCGAGGCUGUGCUUUCAGUGUCCGAGCACAGAGUGCAGAAGUUGGACUCGGCAGGCUAUGGGGGGCUCGAUGAACACCGCGCAUCAAGACCUUGUCAGUGUGGCGGCUCAGCGGCACUCAGCCUCGUCCUCUCACUGCGGGCAGGAGAUCAUGUAGCACUGGUGCGCACAGCCGGAGCGCUUGCCCUCUCCGAGGCGAGAGAGAUCCUCUCCACGUUCAGCGCCGUAUUUCUGUACUCGCCUCAGGCUCACAGAUAACAUCCAGACAGAAAACACACACUACAGAGGACACAUACACAAGCCAAAAACACUAAGGAAAACAUUGCUUAGCUUUGGCUUGCCUUGAGAAACAAUUGCAGCAAACAGCUAAGGUGCCAGACGACGUUCUCAAUCCAAGAAAGCAGUGCACCAAGAUAUUUACUUGUUACACAAUUUCUCUGUAUCUUGUUUUUAUGUAAAAAGCUGAUUUAUAGAUAUUACAUAUACUUUAAAAUGAAUCGACUAUUAUAUGUUUUGGACUUCUGAUCAGAUUACAGUGAAUCAUUACAAGCUAGUAAACCGUAAUUCAAAGGUUUUAUAUGAGUUACAACCAAUGAUGGUGGUAACAAUACACAAAUAGCUACUGAAGUUACUUUUGCGAUGACUAUUUACUCCUACGUGAAUAAAUUUGUAAAAGCAGGAAAAUGAUUUUACUCUUCAGCUUUGUUCAUCCCGCCGUUGUGAUGAAUUACUUUACGCAUGUUGUGUUUACGCCAUGUAGAGUGCUUGAAUACUAAAGAGGAAGUCAUUUGGGAUUAGGUCUGUGCUUCAAAAUCCCCCAUCAUGCACAACAUUUAUUUGCUAAGCUAAUGAUGUUGAGGUUUAAAUUCAGUUAAAUCUAAAAAUCAUGGCGGCUCAGGUGGCGCAGCGGUAAAAACACACGCUGGAACCAGAGCUGGGAUCUCGAAUACAUCGUAGCUUCGUUCUCCUCAAUCAGAGCAGGGAUCGGCAUUGGUGGAGAGGAAGCAUGAUGCAAUCAGGCAAUUGGAUGCGCUAAAAGGGAGAAAAAAGUGCAGAAAAUGCAUAAAUAAUAUAUAAAAAAAAUCUAAAACUUUUGACUAUGAAGCACUGCUAACAUUUAUGACAUUUAAGCAGAUGCCUGACUGGCAGCUGGGCAGUGGUGGGGCUUGAACCACCAACCUUCUAAUCACUAGUCCAGUACUUUAACCACUAUCCUACCACCGCCCCUGUUUCAUAAGUCAUAUGCAGCAAGAAUAUGCAGGUUUACCGUUCUUUAUAAUUUAAUAGAUAUUAAUAUGCACGAUGGUAGCAUUUAUUUACAUUAACAUACUACUUAAGGCUUUUUACUUUGAGUAGUAGUUAUUUGGAGGAGUACUUUUGGCUACUCUUUUCACCACUAUUUAGUGGUCGGACAUAUUUUGUAAUACAGCAGCACACUACAAUGCAGGAGAAAUGACAGUAGAAACACAUUCAUGGUACAAGUUAUGGUUUGUGUGAAAAUUCUUAGAUCGAGCUCCGAAUAAAAGAUCCAGUCUGUCCCAGAAAUAACAAAUGUUUGUUAAUAUUUGCACAGCAAAUCAUGGCAGAAAAAACCUCUAGUACACUGGCGAACACCAAGUACAACACCUGUAUUUACAGAUAACUACAGUGAUAAGUAGUAAGGGGUUAGAAUGCUAGAAUUUCAAGCAUUUCUAAACUAGCUUCUUGAAAUGACGGAUAGCAAGGAUCAAGCCAAGAGCUGACUUCUUACAGAGGCUGAAAGUGAAAAUGUUCUUCCAACCCUCUUAUUCUUUUUACACAAGACACUAUGAACUAUUGUUUGGAUAGUCCAUCUUAUUUAUUGCAACAUUUCUUGUACAACUGGAUAAGACACAGAUAUAAAGGCUAUGUGAAAACACUGUACUUAAAAAAAAAGUUUGACUUGUGGUAUUAAUCACCAAAAACAUGUACUGAUUUUCACAAUGUACA